CACACACACACACACACACACACACACACUGGCUUGCAUGAUGUUCCGGCUACAUAUCUGCGCUUUAUGUGGGUCAAUAAGUUGAGCGUGACACCUGUUUGUUGUUCAUGACAUAACGUUUUCAAGUCUUCUUCUUUGUUGAGGAGCACAACAGCUGUGUGGGGAGAUGACGCUCAGGACACCCAAGUGACAUGUUGUGCGAUGACAGGACUUCUGCAUUCACACACUACUGACAGCACUCGGGACCACAAGUCGGUGGUUUGGUGACACUUUGGCGUGAUUUGACAAAAUCUGGCUUCAUAUGAAACGUGACACAGCUGAAUAACAUCUCGACUUUUUUUUUGUGCCCAACAUGAAACUUAGAAAAAAAAGUCAUGCUUGGACUUUAUACAAAAUAGUAUUUUUAGUUAUUAGUGUAAAAAUACAUUUGGCUAUUGAAUAUUGGAAUUUUAAUUCAACAGCAAAGUUGUCACGCACAUGUCUGAGAGCACUUCCUGUGCAAGUCAGGUGGCGCUUUGGCAAGUCAUCUCUAUUUUCUCAUGAACCAAAUAUUGUGAUGGGUGAUUUAAUCUGAUGGGUAUUACCUGCACACGCCAGGCUGGAACGUCCAAGUUUGAAUUUUGAAAGAGAAAGCGUUUGAUCAAUCGUCUCUGCUUCAAGAAGAUCAGUUCUUCUGUAGUUAGUCUGAGUUUCAGAACACUCCUCAGCACUGAAGCAGGGGCAACUUCUACUGACUUCCUUUUCGCUUCCUGAUAAGUCUGAGGCUGUUUGAUGUCUGCACCUGUGGUAAACAAACCCCGGCUCUCUGCUUCAGGUUGUCAGAUAUUUACUGUUUUGAAUGGGUAUCUCUAUUGAGGAAACUAUCAAUAUUAGUCCAUUGAGUUCAUCACUGGGCUGCUGUUUAUGAGUCAGAAGAUUCUGUUUACUCCAAAUGCUGUUUAUGAUUAUGAGUAAAGGUUGAAAAGUUUUAAUGAGGCGUCGUUGCUUAUGUUUCCUUUACUGAAGCUGGACGUAAGAAGAGGGAUCUGUCAUGGCGUGGAACAAACAAGCCACUAAGGGUGGUUGAAAUCCUCUGCCAUCACUUGAAAAACCGACGCCUGGCUCUCACUGAAUCAUUUCCGAGUGAGAUCAGAGAUGAGAGAGAGGAAACAUGAAAGUCCCUUAACUGCAGCUUCUGGGACUGGGAGGCAAAAUGGAGCAGUAUUUGAGAGAUGGAAGGAUUCUUUUUUUUUUUUUUUCUUUAAAUGAGAGCAAACCAGACAUGAGAGCGUAUAUAAAUGUGGACAUAUAAAUGGAGGAGCAUCAGUCCCAAGGAAGCAGUGAUCAGUGUGUGCAUCUCUAUGAUUACAGGCUGGAAGGAGAUGGUUUAGAAAUGUGCCAAGAUCUUCCUUGUUAAGCAGGAGGAUGAUGUUCACCGUCCCAGCUCACCUCGGUCUUCAGCUGCUCUUACUGUCGCUCGAUUCUCAACAUUUAGAUUCAGUGUUUGAGUGAAUGUAUUAUCAGGAGGACCCAAGUAGUUUAGAUGUCAUGGGAAUUAAAUUAAAAAUGAACAGCUGUUUGGAUUUUAUUCCAGUAAACAAGGUCAUGGUCUUCCAAAAGGAUGGUGUUGGUCCAACCACCAUGUUUGUCAUGUGACAAACAAUGGUGAUGCUAGCUCCAACCGUUCUAGUGUUGUUCAAUAUAAUAGUUUGGGGCUGACAAAGAUCGUGUGUAGAAGCCGCUGGGAUGUUCUCCGUGUCGCUGUCGCGGGGGCCCGACUGACUUGGCUGCAGAAGAAAGGUGUCCUGGUGAGUAAGUAGCUCUGAGGCUGGAGGCUUCAGCAAGAGCAGCAGAUGGAUGAUGAUGUAGCUGGUGCUGGCGCUCUCUGCCUCCCGCCGCCAUCCGUCACGCACUAAUGAUCGUGUCACACCUUCUCCCCGGGCGGCCGGCCGCUUCUGCAACGCUCAGCUCAAAAACUGGUUGCUCCGCUCAAAUCCCUUUCUCACGGCCGCCUGCUGCAAAGCCUGCAGACACUUUCUGCCGCAAUCCUCUCUGUCGCUAAUUCUUCACAUCUCUGUUCCCCAAUCCUCACCCCUCAAGUCCCCGCAGACUGCUCCCCCAUCCCUCUCUAUCCGCCGUUCCCCUCAACUCGUACAUCUUCUUUUCUUAUAUGGUACAUCAGUGGUGGGUUCCGUUUCCUGCUGUGAGAUUGUUCCUCGAAAUCCUCUUCGCCACCAGACUUCUACGAACAUCUGCUGCGCUUUGAUGUGCUUCUAGGGAAGAACGUAGAAACCUUCAAAGGGGUUGGUCAGUGAUGCUACAUAAAGCUGAGAACCGUCUUGAGGAGACUUAAGUCUUAUCUGGCAUCAGAUUUGGCCACUAGUGACCUCUUGGUAGACAAGUCACCUGACUUGGAACUGGGCUGUGAACUAAUAUUAAAUCUACAUCUCUCACUGCUGAUGUCAAGUAUUUAGUGAGAAAAUGUUUUCUUCACGUCAAACUGAUGGACAACGAGCCACUUCAUGUACAUCCCCAAGGUCCCGCAAUGCACUGCAACAGUACCUGGCACCCAAAUAUUUCAGGCAGGUUAAGUUAAACAUGGUGUGUUUUAAAGAGUCAACAACUACUCACCUGAAUCAAUAUCAACAAUGGCACAUGGAUGGUGACAUUUGAGGACAACCAAAUUGGGGAGUGAUAGUUCCUAGUUAAAGUCAGGGUUUUCUGCAAAAGAAAAAAAAAAAAAGAAAGAAAUAGUCAAGGAUUGUGUGGGAACAUGUGUGUCAGGUCUCGUUCUUUCACUUUCAUCUUGGUGCUAAAUUGCGGAUGUGUAGCACGGUGUGUGAGAAGUAGGUUCCGUGCCUGAGCGAUUUGUAGCUUCCUUCUAGCUAAACACAGAGGUGUCGGCGGGGGGCAGUUGUUGUCAAGCCAGCCGCCUCGACUGUAUAGCACUGCGGGAAACCCUCAGAGAAAACGUUUUACUGAGUAACUGACGUCGCUAAAAUGUGGUACAAAAAACUGCAAUCCAGUACUGCCAGUAUCAGUAGUUUUGUUCUGUCAAUAUACCUAGAAAAUGUUCAGCAAAUUUGUUUUAAUAAUUUAAUUAUAUUUAUAUGAAGGAGGUGGCAUGAGAAGGGAGCGCAUGUUUGGUGUUAUUGCCUGAGAGUUAGAACAAAUGCAGUUUGUUUGGCUGCAGGAAAAGACACAUUCAGUCAUUGUCUUUAUAGUUUUCGAACACUGAAAUUGUCCUCCGCUGAAUGAUGACAAAUAACAGAUUCUACCGGUGUCAUUAAAAUAUAGAUGUAUUGUUAAUGACUCGGUUGUGUGUGUGUGAGAAGUUGAUUCAUAUUCCGCGUCAUUACAGUGAGAUUGGCACGUCUGCUCUACACACAAUGAAUCUGUUGUCAGUGCGUGUCUUUUUUUCAGGCUAGAAUGGCAUGUAAACGCCACUUGCAGCUUUUUGCCGAGCGCUAUUAUCUCCAGUGGAGUGUUAAAUAACCAUGUUAGGGGACUCGGCAUCCACUGAGCUCAUUAUUCUGUCUCAGGUGUGGCGGGAAAAAGCGUCCCCUUGAGCGACAUCUAACAGUGGAAUCUGUCCCCGGUGAACGCAGUUGGCGCUUUUGGGAAGAUGGUUGAAUGCCACUUCCUCUUGUGCGUCAGUGUGGGCCUUUUGUACCCGGAGAUAUUCUAACCACUGGGGUCAAAGACUCAGCUUGGCAUUCUUGAAAUAUCAGUGCUGGCAGAUCAGAUGAUACCUCCAACAGCUGCUGUUUCUAAGAAAAACUUGGGGACACACACACCAGACAUGCGUUUACAUGAGACUCACACAUGUCAAAACACUAGCAGACGCCACAUCCAGGCGCAGGUUGGACAGGCAAUCUUACAGUAACAGAUUUAAGACCUCAAUUAACAUUCAAGUGCGGAUGGAGCUUAACACACACACACAGAUAUAUACUGCCACACACACACACACACACGCAGCUUGAUGUUAUUUACAGAAGCUUUCAUCCUCGACCAACUGUUUGAUAUCGGAGGGUCAGCCCGGUGGCCAGACGGCUCUUUGUAGCGGUCUAGAUGGAGACGUAAGGCGAGUCCUUUCAUGCGUCAGUGAAGGCCCGGGACAAGUGGACGGUCAGAGGCUCCGCCAUGUCUCACAUGCUUCUCACCGACUGUGAAUGUUGGCUGGGAGUUGUGGCCGUUGCAGUUCUGACCGAUUUGUCGCAGGCUGCCGAUGCUUGUCCGACUGGUCAGCUUACUUACAAACGUGGAGCUUUUCAUGGCCUGUCUGGGUCAAACCUGCUCCUGGCAAAGCAAGACUGGGAUCAACACUUGUUGUUUAUGACGGAGUCAGCGCUUUAUUUAUGACCCCCGAGUGUGUUUAUCCUCUCGUGAGUGACAUCUUGCUGUAUCAUAGUGAUUUCUUUUCACACGUUGCGGGUCAUUUUCAUCGCUGAUGGCAGCAAGAGGUUGCGCAGUCUAUAAAUCUAUUGAUGGAUUUGAAGUGUGGUUAUGGUUUCUCACAUCAUUUUGAUAUAAAAAAAAAAUCUUGUUUUUAAACUGACUUCUGUCAUUUGAGUUGUGUGUGAAACCAGUAGUGCGUCACGGGGUGAAUCAAAGGUCAAAACGCACCGCGACUUAUAAGCCACGGUUUUAAUUCCUCAAAAGAAAAACGCUUCAAAUGGUGCCCAUGUUUUUGGGGUCCUAUUUCACCCUUGAUGAUGUUGCCCGGAUUCAUUUCUGCUUCUCGUCAAAUUCGACUAAUGACGCUCAUUCCUGUGGUGAAAGAAAGUCUUGAUUAACUCUGGCGCGGUCACCAUAGUGACGGUGUGCGCGGCUCAAUCUGGUGAUGCACGGUUGCCAGAUUUGAUACUGUGUGUGUGUGGGGGGACUUACAUGUUUGUCCCUUCUCUAUUCAAAUCUCUGCAGGAUAUUUCCCAUUAAAGAGUGUGACUGAAGAGUUCCAGCUGAGGCGAGAGGCUUUAUUGUGUUUCCCGCCGCCCCGUGGGAUCAUGGGAUAUACGAAGGCAUCGCUCACCUGUGUUGCUUUUCUGUAAACUCAUUUAGAUAGAUAGAGGAUGGAAGCGAUCGUAGGAAGUGACCAGGAAGAGCCGCGGUGUGAGUCGUCCUCCUGCUCCCCUCCACCGUGUUCCUCCCUCGGCAGCAGCAAGAAGGAGGAGACCGGCUCCACUGACGGCAAGAAGGUGGAGCUGCAGAAACACUGUGACCAGAUGCAACCAAAGACAAAAGUAAAGCAUAGAGCAAAGUUGAUGCGCAGUUCAGCUGUGUGUGAGGAUUAUCACCCACUUGAAGAACAACAGAAUGAUGUCACUUUGUCAUCUAACUGCCAUGACAACCAGAGAGCUUCCUGCGAGGAGGGAGAACAGGAGCAGAGUAGGGAUCCAAAGACAAACUCUCUGUCCAAAGAGUCCAGCGUGGAGUAUACGGAUUCCACCGGCAUCGAUCUGGAUCAGUUCAUCGUGGAGACCCUCAACAGCAACCCCAGAGACCGGAUGAUGCUGCUGAAGCUGGAGCAGGACAUGAUAGACUUCAUCAAAGGCGACAGCCCUUUCAAAAAGUUCCGCCACAUGUCGUCCUACCACCGCAUGCUCGUCCAUCGGGUCGCCGCCUACUUUGGGAUGGAGCACAAUGUGGACCACACGGGAAAGUCUGUCAUCAUCAACUGCACCAGCAGCACGCGCAUACCUGAGCAGCGCUUUUUGGACAAAGUGCACAAAGACAAGAUGGCCGAGAUCCAGCAGUGGAAAUCCAUUUUGAAGAGAAACAACAGCCUUGAGGAGCAGAGUCGACUGCACAAAUUUCGGGAGAAGCCAAGCAAGUCACUUGAGGAGCGGGAGGAGGAAUACCAAAGAGCGCGGGAUCUAAUUUUUAAAUCGGAGGUACGAGAGCAACAGGAAGAAGCACCUACAAUGUGCACGCAGGAGAACUCGCAGGCUCAAAGCAGUGGGAGCAGGGCUGUGGAGGAGUGUAAUCCAUAUGCUGAUGCAGAUGCUGCCCAGAGGAGGCGACAGAUAUUCAGGGGGAGCCGUGGCAGCUCAGGCUCCAGCUGGACAGGCAGCAGCGGCCAGAGCAGCACAGAUACCGACUGUUGCUAUACCAACGAUAUCCGACCUUGGAGCAGCACCGACUCGGAUUCUUCCUUCCAGUGGCCAAGCCCCGCCCCCAAACCGAGACAGCCUGCUGCUCACAGCUGGGAUGCUCGAAGUGCAGGCUCCAUCUCUCUGUACAGCGUGAGCGCCCCCUGCCCUCAUCCGGCCUCCCCUUCCAUCAUGGAGGAGCCUGCUCCCAACUUCAUCAUGGAGAACGGGAUCCCGCCAGGAAGCAUUCUCAUGAAUCCUCACACAGGGCAGCCUUUCUUGAACCCGGACGGAAGCCCAGUGGUGUACAACCCGCCCUGUGAGCAGCCAGUCAGGAGCCAGACUCAGCAGGUAGGAGGACGUCAUCCACGAUGGUGCUGUGCUUCUCAUUUUCCACGUGUCUCUCAGGUGAUUCAGUACCCGCCUGUGCCGUACACCGCGCCACAGAUGUUGCCUGUCGCUUCCUCUCAGUCGUACGCCACAAUGGAAGAGCUGUCGUCGCAGUUCAGUCAUGUGACGGUCAACUGUCAGUCACAAGGAGACGCGGCAACCCAGUACCCAGGAAAUCAGCAUUACGUCUAUGCAGCACCCCCCGCCCCGCCCCCUCCGCCUAAUCCCCCCAGCUUCUGCCAGCCCUCACCGCAGGUGCCUGUCUAUUUCUACAGCCAGUAUUCUACCUCAAGUCAGCUGCCCUGCAGAAAUGUCUCACCCUCUCACAGCCAAACACAACCAGCAGCAGGUUACACUCCAGUGGGGGGGCUGAAGCAGCCGUCCCAGCCUGUGCUGGGAGCGUUCCCCGCCAUGACUGCGCCGCAGUGUAGCAUGAUUCAGGGAGGCGUCUCUGUGUCGUACCCCCAAAGCAAGGUCGUGGCAGGCGGCGAGCCGGGUUACUGCUGUGUGGUGCCCCCGCCAGCCCACCACGGCACCUGUCAACCCCCCAGCUGCAGCAGCCACGGUGUGCCAGUGUGGGGCGCCACCCAGUACUGAUGCGUCACUCCCCAUUAUUUCCACAGGUUUUAUUUCUGAGCAUGUGCCACAUGCAUCAAUGUUUCACUGUACCAAAGCAUAGUAUAUAUAAAUAUAUAAAUAUAUAUCAUAUUGCACAGUUUAUAUACCAAAAUGGAGAUUUUAUAUUGAAUUAUAUAUUGUGUUUUAGGAAAUGCACUGUGUGAGAAUAAACUGCUGUGGCUCUGCUGACG